AUGCAACAAAACACACCACAAAAACCACAAACACCAUCAGAUGAAAGUUAUCGAUUUUAUCAACUCCUUCUAUUUAACUUCUCACAAUUUAUUGCGGAUGAAGACUUCAACAGAUAUUGGGAUGUUUUCACUGGAGAAAAAGGAUUUGAAACACUUGCACCAGAAGAUAAACCAUGGGAGACAGAAGGAGCAAAUCUCGAAGAAUAUUUCAACUAUGGAUUUAAUGAAAAGACGUGGUCGGGGUAUGCAAAGAAACUGAGAGAGUUGUACAAAAACUCGUUAGCAGAAAAAGAAAUCACAACAGUGGACACAACAGUCAAAACAAAACAAGCAAUCAUGGACUUAGAACCAAAAAACAAAAUAAAAAAUGAGCCAAAAAUCGAGGAAAGCAAAGAAGAACCAAAGAAAGAAGAACAUCGAGAACGAGGGAAUGAUAAGCAUGAAGAAAGAAAAACACAUCAAAGUGAGAAGAGAGAUGAUAGAGACAAAGAAAAUAAAAGAGAAGAUGGGGAUAAAGAAAGUAAGAGAGAAGAAAGAGAUAGAGAACGUAGAAGAGAAAACAGAGACAAAGAAAGAGAGCGUAAAAGAGAAAGCAGAGACAAAGAAAGUAGAAGAGAAAACAGAGAUAAAGAAAGUAGAAGAGAACGUGAUGAAUACAAAAGAAGGGAACAUGAGAGUCGAAAAGAACAUAGUCGAAGAUCUAGGUCUAGAAGACGUGAACGAUCACCACGAAGAAAACAUUAG